GAAAAGAUGGCUGGUAGGAUGAAGGCCCGGAAGUAUCGAUUUGUUGAAGACGCGGACACGAACGGCUGCUGGGAUCGAAAAUGGGCCUUGGAACACUGAACAUGGCGGGAGAGCUUGUUCCAGUUAUUGACCUCGCUACUAUGACGUGGAAGAAGGAAGCGGAUAUCCUGGUCAGAACGUCUCAGGACAAGGAAACCUGCUGGAUCACGGGCUCAUCCCUGCUCUCGCCUGGUUUCUUCUCCUCCUGGCUGACUGCGGUAACAACUGUGUCAAACUGGUAGACAUCAGCACCUGCACCGUCACGUCCCGCCUCCAGCUACCAGGCCAGCCAUGGGACGUGUGUGUGCUCCCCGGUGACCAGGCCGCCGUUACAGUCAAGAACAAGUCCAUGAUUCAGCUGCUGUCUACGAAGGGAGGACAGCUGUCGUGCGGAAAGGAAAUUAAAGUAUCAUCUAGUUGUUUUGGUAUUGCGUUUAACAACAAUAGAUUAUACGUUUCGUAUACACAAACCCGCGUGUUGAAGUGAUGACAUUGGAUGGGCAUAUCAUAAGUACAUUCCAAACAGAUGAUAGAAGACAACUUUUCAAAGAACCAUUUUACCUGACUGUGUCAGCUUCAACACCGCCGACCCUUCACGUGUCUGACAACAAUGCCAACACCGUCCUCCAGCUGACCCUUGACGGGAAGGUUCUGCGGGAGUACCGAGACAAGCAGCUCGUCGGUCCCACGUCCGUGGUGAAGGUAGGGCCCGGCCAGCUGCUCGUGUGUGGAUAUACCAGCCACAACGUGAUGCUGCUAACGGAGAGGGACGGCAAGAUGGCGGAAAUACUGGGAAAGAAGAACGGACUGACCAAACCCAACUCCGUGUCCUUCUGUCCUCACACACGUGCCAUAGUUGUCGGAAUGAGAAGAAAUGACUCACUGAAGGUCUUUAAUGCAAAGUGACACCUUUUCUUUAUCAGUCGUGAUUUUGCUCUCUUUGGCGGAAAUUACCAUGUAUUCAAUGCUUUUUGAGCAAGUGAAUAGUAAUAGCAAUCAUAUUUAAUGUUCAACAUACGCUUAUUUAUUCGUUGUAACCGAGUUCUAUCAAACUGAAUGAACAUUGCUAAUUAUAUAAAUCAAGAAUGGAAAUACUAAAAUAAUGUUGUAUCAGUCUCAGAAGUUUUGUAAUUAGUAUGAAAAGCCAUUGAUGCUUUAUGACAGUCAUGUAUCUAAUAAAUAUUAAGCUUAUUUUGCAGUU